AUGGCGCGUUUGGCAGACUCCUCUGUCCUGACUGAGGACAAUGCGACCGGUCGCUUUUUGAAGCUUCAAAGAUGGGCAGCGACGCUAUACGCGGGACUUGGCUUGGGCUACAGAGACCGGAAAAAGUCACCACAGUCGUUCUUGCUCGCAUCGAUUACCAGAGAAAAGCAUCAAUCGAAGGUAAAGGCUCGAAUUGAUGAAGAUGUUACCCUUAUCCGGGAGCAAGCGUCCGACGGCGAGUUGGCCGCAGAGGAUGGCACCUGUUCAAAACCACCGAAGCGUUCAUGGAUCGAUGGGGCUUUUCUGUGUGCUAAAGGAUCCGCAGUGAUCCUUAUUCUACAUUUGAUAUUCGUCGCUAUCGUCACUGGCCUAGCCAGCAGAUAUCCCGACAAGCGCGGGUUUGCCAGCGGUUCAGUAAUGUACGAGGGCAGUUGCGUUUUGACCAAACGAUGGUCAAUUGCGCUCCAUCUUAUGAUCAACCUAUUGAGCACAUGCAUCCUUGGUGCUAGCAACUACUGCAUGCAGACACUUGUCGCGCCGACUAGGGAAGACAUCGACAAAGCCCAUGCGAAACGUCGGUGGCUCGAUAUCGGGUGUUCAAGUCUGCGCAAUUUGCUCGUGAUGAAGCGCUCUCGUCUAGGGCUGUGGGCUGUUCUCCUGAUCACAGCGACCCCGUUUCAUUUAUUGUACAAUUCUAUGAUCUUCGAAGCCGUCAACACGAACGAGUUUGGAUAUAUCAUUGCCCCUAGAGAUAUUAGCCCGGACAACAUCUGGAAUAUGACCACGCCCGAACUGGAACAAUGCUUCGUGUAUCCAAAUUACAGGAUUUGGGGUGACAUGAAGUGGUCCGACUUUGCCACCAUCAUCGCUGACAAGAAUUACGAUCAUAUCUCUACCCGGGAGUGUAUGUCAUAUUUCAACCAGACUAACCAGCGUGGUAUCAAAGCACUUGUCGCGCUCACGCCAGAGCUUUCCGUCAGUGAUGGGGGUAAUGAUGCUAUUCUAUCGGUGCAGGUAUUGGAGGGUGUGCCGAGCUCAAUCUCAACAGGUGAAAGCCAUGGAGUAGACCAUUUCAGCACGAACGGUUAUGCAGCCUAUGGCGACAAGAUAUGGGGGAACGGCUACUCCUCAGAUGAAAUCACCCUACACGUCGAUGGUGGGCCGGUUUACUACUCAUACAACAUUUCAUCGAUAGAGGACUGCGUGGGUGAAGGUGGCAAGCGCCCCGCGUGCGCGCACGCUGGUGAAGUGAUGGGGUGGGUGAAUAGCGGCUCUGCCAAAACGAUUGCAGGUGUCCGCGACUACAUCGACACCCAUGAUAUACAAGACGUCAAGGCUGAAAACGCAAUCACCUGUGGCGACAGCAUGCGUUGGGAUGAAUACACUAUCGAUGGAUGUCUGGCGGUUCGAGCUGAACAGCACUGCAGAUUGAUGUACAGUCCCCCAAUUUGCAUCGUGAUUGCUCUGACGACACUCGCGAAAGUGGUGGCCAUGUUCUUCGCAGCUCGAAUUACAAGCCUUCAAUCGGCUCCUCUGCUUACAUUUGGCGAUGCCGUGGCAUCUUUCGUCGCGAAUCCUGAUCCUACCACGGUCGGGAUGUGCUGGAUCUCCGGUGUUGACCUCCACCGGGGUAAAUGGAAGAAUCUAAUCCCACCACAUGCAAUAGGGGCAGAAAGUGUCAUAGAAGACAACUAUGAAUCUGCCACCAUAAUCCACAAGCCACUCUCACGCCGAAAACGUUGGAUACAAGCCCCAAGUGUCAUGAGAAGCUCGGUAACCGUAAUUCUGUGCCUGGCAUUCAUCGCCGCAGGGGCAUGCCUCUUUCAGAGAGCCAUCGUCAGCGACUGGUUAGACUAUACCUCAGACUCGGCUCUCAGCAUCAGCCUCCUCCGGGAAUGGUGGUCAGAGAUCAACUCAAGCACAUAUAGUUUCAUCGACAGUCCGGGCCUUCAGCUGCCCAUUCUGAACUCGGUUAUAAUAGCCAAUAUCCCUCAAUUAAUCCUCACCAUCUGCUAUUACUGCUAUAAUAGCAUUUUGACUAGCAUGGUGGCCGCAGCAGAGUAUAGCAGUUACGGGGCAUCGCGUCAAUCACUUCGCGUUACAUGGCCGGUCAAGGGGAGCAAGCAACGUUCUACAUAUUGGCUCAGUAUCCCGUACCAGUACUCUGUGCCGAUUCUGGUGAUGUAUACAAUUCUGCACUGGCUAGUCUCACAGAGCAUCUUCUACGUUACGCUCAUUCCGUACCGACCAGGAGGUCAGGUUGAUUGGGGCCCGGACCGUCUGCUGAGCUCAACCGCUACACCAUCUGGAUCUGCCUCUGCGGAUCCAAAUUCUGCAUAUGGAGGGGAAGGAGGGCAAACAGUCAACUCACUAGCAUAUUCUCCAUUGCCGCUCUUCGUGGCUCUGCUGGUUGGGGCUUUCAUGCUAGUGGUUUUGGUUUGCUUGUCGUUUCGAAAGUUCAAAUCUGACAUGCCGUUGGCGGGAGCUUGUAGUGCUGCUAUUAGUGCUGCCUGCCAUCCACCCCAGGACGAAAAUUUGGAGACUGCGGCGAUGGACCGGUUGAUGUGGGGCGAAACAGUAAAAUCACCAGCAUGGGUGAUGGAACAACUCGGUAAGGAUGGGGGUAGCAAGGGACAUUGCUGUUUCACUUCAUUAAAGGCUGAGAGGCCCUCGACGACGAAGUUGUAUGCCUAG